AUGUUUGGCACUUCUAAUGGUUAUGGUGUAGCUAUUGUAAGAUCAAAGAAGAAGAAAGUAUAUUUGAGUUGUGAUCAAAGUGGAACAUAUAGAAAUUAUAUGAAUUUAACAGAUGAAACACAUCAGAGAAAGACAGGUUCUAGAUUGAUUGAUUGUCUCUUCUCAGUCUGUGGUGUUAAGAGAAAUAAUAAUAUAUGGACAUUAUCAGUUACAGAUCCAACUCAUAACCAUAAUUCUUCUGAAAACACGUCAGCUUACCUAUCUCUUCAAAAACCAAACGAACAAGAAAGAGAGUGGUUAAAAGAAAUGUCAAAUGCUGGUGUUCAUCUACAUAAAAUUUUAUCCUCACUUUGCCAAAUUAAUCCAUCAAUUUCAACAUCAUGA